CUUCAUGCUUUCCGCAGAUUCCUCAUUUGUUCGAAUUACAGCAACAAAUGAAGAAUCCACUGCCCAAGAGCGAGAACUUGGCCCCUUGCUUCUCCCUGCCGCCUUCCAAGAAGAUAGGAGUAGAAGGCACCUCAUCAGUCGAAUUUUCAACAAAGCUAUCGAAGUCUGAAAACCUUUCCAGCUUACAAAAACCGCAAUAAUUUCCAGAAUCAGCCGAUAAACAUCCAAAGCCGAAAUAAUAAUUUUCAAAAACGCUAUCCAACAAAUCGAGAAGUUUUCGGCCCACCCAGAAACACGAACGUCUUCAACUAUAUCAAAUAGAUGACACUCAAAACGACGAAAGUUACGAAACUGAACAACCCGAAUCCAGUGAAGAGAGGCCCAAGAAAGAUGCAA